GACACACUCAGUCCGAUACACGCUCACACACCCGCCGCGAGCAGGGACGCAGUCGGACCCGUGUCCUAUAAAACGAGGCUAAUCAGGGUUUUCCCUGUGCUUCUGUUUGUGCAGCCUGAGAUGGAUAGCAGCCAAUGACUGGAGCAAUGGAAGAGUAACGUGAGCAAAGCUAGCAACAACAUGGCUGCCCAUCGGAUACGAGUGACCAACAACAACAAUGCCCUUCCACGCUGUAAGUCGGAGGGCACGUUGAUUGACCUCAGUGAGGGCGUGUCUGAGGCCAGUCUUACAGAUGUCAAAGUGCCUUCUCCCAGUGCCUUGCGUUUGGACAGCUCUGCGUCCUUUGGGACUGCACAGGAAGUAGUGGCCAUUAAGGAUUAUUGCCCAUCUAGCUUUACCACACUGAAGUUCUCCAAAGGUGACCACCUCUAUGUGCUGGACACGUCAGGAGGGGAGUGGUGGUAUGCCCACAACAAUACAGAAAUGGGAUACAUUCCCUCUGCGUACGUCCAGCCAGUCAACUAUAGGAACUCGUAUCUCAGUGACAGUGGGAUGAUUGACAAUCUUGGGGACUGCUCAGAUGAAGGGGUGAAGGAGUUGGACCUUUUAGGGGAGUGGACUGGAGUGACCCUGAAGCCCCCUUUGCCUUACAAUAACAACAACAACCCCUUUUCCAUGCAUUCUUCAACAAAUCCAUUCCUGAACGGCUCAGUGCAGGGGACUCUUGACCAGAACAGCAAUGAGAAGGCCAACCAAAACAAUAGCAUCGAUCUACUUCUCUUUGAGUCUCUAACUCCAUCUGCUGCCAUCUCCACCACCACCAGCAAUGGCACCACAAAUUUUUACGGCAACAGUAUUUUUGAUGGCAUGCCCACCAGCCCAAAUGUCGAACCCUUGCAGAUGCUUCGCAAGGACAACCCAUUUUUCCGGAGCAAAAGAUCCUACAGCUUGUCAGAGUUGUCGAUCCUACAGUCUCAGUCCAGUCCUCCAUUGCCUUCAUCAGGGUUCUUCACAGGGCUUAAGGCACCUUCUCCAGAGCAGUUUCAGAGCAGAGAGGACUUCAGGACAGCCUGGCUAAACCACCGGAAGUUGGCCCGGUCAUGUCAUGACCUUGACUCCUUGGGGCAAAACCCAGGCUGGGGUCAAACGCAGCCGGUGGAGACCAACAUUGUCUGCAAGUUGGACAGCUGUGGAGGGGCAGUCCAACUGCCAGACACUAGUAUCAGUAUUCACGUACCUGAGGGUCAUGUCGCAGUGGGCGACACCCAGCAGAUAUCUAUGAAGGCUUUACUGGAUCCACCGCUGGAAUUGAACAACGACAGAUGUACCACAGUCAGCCCAGUUGUUGAGAUCAAAUUGAGCAACAUGGAGAUAAAAUCAUUCAUAACCUUGGAGAUGAAGGUCUCUGUAGAAGUAAAGAAUGAGAGUAGACAAAUGGCAAAGGUGCUAUGUGUGAGGAGUGACUGCAAAGAGGGUCCAUACAUCCCCGUCCCACAGGCUUACAUAUAUGGGGACACAGUUCAGGUCCAGUUGGAUAGUCUGGAACCUUGCAUGUAUGUGGCUGUUGUCGUCCAGUCCAACCACAUUUUGUUUAAUUCAACAGUUUGGGAUCAUGUGGUGAAGAAAGUCACUCUGGGCUUAUAUGGACCCAAGCAUAUUCAUCCAUCCUUUAAGACUGUGGUGGCCAUCUUUGGACAUGAUUGCGCUCCAAAGACUUUGCUUGUCAGUGAGGUUGGCAAGCAGGCUCAGUCUGCUCCCCCAGUAGCGCUACAGCUUUGGGGGAAGCACCAGUUUGUCCUUGGUAGGCCGCAGGACCUACUGAUUGGCAUGUACUCCAAUAUGUCUAAUUACGAGGUGAAGGCAAGCGAACAGGCUAGGGUAGUAAGAGGAUUCCAGAUAAAACUUGGCAAGGUGAGUCGGCUCAUAUACAUGAUCACGUCUCGGAAUGCGGAGGAGUUGUCUGACUUCACCCUACGGGUACAGGUGAAGGACGAUCAGGACUGCAUCCUUGCCCAGUUCUGCGUUCAGACACCACAACCGCCUCCUAAAACUGGAAUGCGAGCCAACGGCCAGCGGAGGUUCUUAAAAAAGAAGGAAGUAGGCAAAAUAAUUUUGUCACCUCUGGCCAUAACCACCAAAUACCCGCAGUUCCAGGAGCGUUGCAUCACAAACUUGAAAUUCGGCAAAUUGAUCAAGACAGUCAUCAGACAGACGAAGAACCAGUACUUGCUGGAAUAUAAGAAGGGGGACGUGAUUGCCUUGCUAAGCGAGGAGAAGAUCAAACUGAAAGGACAACUGUGGACCAAAGAGUGGUAUAUCGGCUACUAUCAGGGAAAGACUGGGCUUGUGCAUGUGAAAAAUGUGCUGAUCUUGGGUAAGGUCAAGCCUAUAUACUUCUGCGGGCCAGACCUCACUACCACAAUGCUGCUGGAACAAAUUCUAAAGCCCUGCAAGUUUCUCACAUACAUUUAUGCCUCCGUGAGGACUGUACUGAUGGAGAAUGUGGGAAACUGGAGGGCGUUUGCUGAUGCCCUGGGUUAUGGAAACCUGCCCUUGACUUACUUCUGCAGGGCAGAGUUGGAUAGUGAACCAGAGAGAGUGGCUUCCGUGCUGGAGAAACUCAAAGAGGAUUGCAACAACAUGGAAAUCAAGGAGAAAAAAUCAUUUCAGAAGGAGCUAAUGACGGCUCUGCUGAAGAUGGACUGUCAGGGUUUGGUGGCGCGUCUGAUUCUGGACUUUGUGCUGCUGACCACUGCAGUGGAGGUGGCCCCACGCUGGAGGGAACUGGCCGAGAAACUGGCCCGAGUGUCCAAACAGCAGAUGGAGGCUUAUGAGGCUCCACACAGAGACCGGACAGGAGUGGUGGACAGUGAGGCCAUGUGGAAGCCAGCCUACGACUUCCUGCUGACGUGGGCGGCUCAGAUCGGCGACAGUUACCGCGAUGUUAUCCAGGAGCUGCACCUGGGCCUGGACCGCAUGAAAAACCCCAUCACCAAACGCUGGAAGCACCUCACAGGUACCCUCAUCCUCGUCAACUGCCUGGACAUGCUCCGAAGCUCUGCCUUCAGCCCCGCCCCUCAGGACGACUUCGCCAUCUAGAGGACGCUCAGCCCGGACUCCGCCCCCUUCUCCCCUUCUCACCCUGUCCAAUCACAGAAGGAUCACCUCUUCGUCCGCACAAUCCUGGAGGACUUGCUUGGCUUUCACCUCGGGGUUUCUUACGUGUUAUCAAUUGACUCCACCCCCUAAUCUGCAUAUUUGUACCUCAGUCCAAUCCCUGCGUGGAUUUUUGCAUAUUCCCUUCCGCCCCUCGGUCCUGAUAGGACACAUAGUCAGCCAGUCAAGCCAAAACACUAAUGUGGUUUCAGUAUAGCUGUAUUUUGAAGUUCUACAAGGCGUUUUUAUCAAGUCUUCUCCUUUGCGAUACAUAUAUUUUUUAUAUACUGUGGCACAGCGACAAUUUUUAGAAUCACUUUGACACUUUUCUGAACGGAUUUUUCUUUUUCUCCAGUAACUGAUGGAAAAACUCAUCGUUCUGUAACGUGAUGUCUACUUUUUGCAGUAACACUCCUCUAAGCCCUUCCCUUAUCUGAUUGCCAAAUGAUCGUAAGCCUUUUCGCUUUAACAGCAUGUUAUCUCACUGCUAAAUUCAGCUCAAAAUCCAAAACUGCUUCAUUUCUUAUGAAAGGAUGAGAUAUUUCUGCAUUGGUAAAGACAGAUGGACAAUCUCAAACGGAUAUAUGCACAACAGAAAGUCAUUCGUGGUAGGAUGCUAAUCGUCAAUCUCUGGAUUUGACAAGAACCUGGAUUUUAGGCCUCAUGUUGCACGUCUUUUUAAAACGACGAUAAAAAAUGGAGAAGGUUCGGGGUCUGAAUGUCAUUUGUUCUGUUAAGUAAUCGUUUAAAGAUGAAUUCUACCAAUUUUUUCCCAAAUAUAUACAUAACUGAACGGUUUAGACUGUAAACAAAGUCACUCAGAGUGGUUCAGGAAAACCAGACGUCCACCUCUAAAAUCUCCCUCACAGAAAGUUUUUACAUGAAAUGGUUAUGAAUUCACUGCCUGAUGUCUGAGACACUGUUUAAUGGUAGUUUUGAGAUUUGGUCAAAACAUAUUUUCAAAAUCCAUCCAUGGUGGAGGGUUAGACAAUAUGCGGGGCGUUAUGAGGCAAAAUAGUCCCCAAAGAAAACUUAUUAUUUCAGAUUUUCCACUAUUUUCCAUCAUCAACAUUCCAUAUAAACUCAGAAGUUACUUAGCUUGCAACCUGAGGAGGCAGUUAGCUAGCUGGCUAACUGAUCUUAGCCAAAUAGCUACUAUGUUCCUUUUCUAUAUGCAUUUCAUGUUGUUAUUUUAGAUUAAUAAGCAAACUGUUUCUUAAACGUUCUAUUGCAAGUGCUGGAUAACAUUCAAGGUAAGCAAAUGAGUUAGCUUAGGUAGCCAACAAACCCAGUCAAACAUUGAACACUGAACUUCUUUCUGUAAUUUACAGUAACUCUAGUAGUUUUUCAGCAACUUAUUUACUCUAAGUUGAGUCAUUUUCUUUAUUAACACUUCGACUCGUAUUGAGUCUCUACACCGAAUCAUUUCACAUCAAGCCACUCUGAAUGACUUUGUUUACAUCCCAACAUUUGCAUUAUGUUGAAAGUUUGAAAAACUGGUGGAAUUUACAUUUGAGAUGUUGGCAUUUAACUCUGAUUUUUCUGCUUGCCUUGAGUCGGAAGCUGAAGAUAAGGCUAAACGAAUAAAGCUCAGUUAUGUAAUUUGUGCAAGACUUUACUGGCCAAUUUGUACAGGAUAAAGGAUCUGUGUAGUUUCCCUAAAAUACCCCAAAUAGCCCAGAUCCAAACAUCAUCACACAGAUGUUUACCUCAGCAUUAGAUGACAUUAUAUGGCGCCAAACUUAUGAACAGGUUGAGAGGCUAGAUGUUAAAUAGCACACGCAAAACAAACAGGUGACACCUGUUAUCAACGGCAGUAACAAUAUAUGCUGCAUAAUCAUAGCAUACAGGAAGGAAUAUACCCUGAACUGUUGUGGAUUUCAGUAGUCCGGUCAUGACUUUGAGCGCGGGCGCCCAAUCCUGGUCCAGGAGAUCCACCACCCUGGAGAGUUCAGAUCCAACACACCAGGCUCUAAUACUCUGAUGGGUCUGAAGGCCUUCAUUACCUGGUUAAGGUGUGAUAGACUAUGGUUGGAGGUUAACUCUGCAGUGUGGUAGAUCUCCAGGAUGAGGACUGGACACCUCUGACCUGGAGGAUAAAGGAAUUGGGUCAAUAAAGCUUUAUUUAGCUGUUAGCCUUGUCAUCAGGCUGUGAAAAAGAGUAAAAAUGGACAUUACUGUGAUGUCAACUGGAAAAAGACUACUAUUGCUGAAGACGCUCAGAGUUCAGCCACAUAUAGAAGGUAAUAGAAGAUUAAUGGCAGCUUCGUACUGGAUUAAAAUCACAGAUCUCAUUAGUAAUCACUGAAAUUACAGCACCUCAGAUUAAUCUAAGAUAAUCCAGCUCCAAUAGGGCUUCAGACGAUAUUAGCAAUGGCUUUUUUGUACCAUUGAAAGUUAAUUUAGCACAUUAAGCGUCUUCGUUUAAAAGGGGUAGCAGUGAUUUUUGGACACUCAUGUUUUACCUUGUGGCAACAUUUCUUCAGAAUUGCAAACUGCUUUAAAGCUAGUUUGCUUGCUAGCUAGCUAGCUAACAACACUCUGCUGGACCCUACUGAAAGAAACAGAUUAGCAUACAUUAUAUGCUGGUUUAAGAUGGUUUAUGCUCUUCUGGUGUUGCUUUAGCUGGUCAUCCAGUAUGGUCAUUCUAGCUGACCAGCAAAUCAGCAUCCAACACACAACAUGCGUCAAUGCUGUCGGAAGAAAACCUCAUAUCUCCAUUUUAUUUUUCAUUUUUCAGUUUUUGACAUAAUCUGAAAAUACCUGUUGCCCUUUUCGUUUGCGUGUAAAUUUCAUGAUGAAUGGACGAAGAAAGUGGCCCAAAAUUACUUGGACAAAAAGUCUGGUUCCAUUGACUUACAUUAAAAGUGGAGUAUGUUUUUUCCUUCUCCUAUAAAGUUACUAUUUUUGGAGAUACGGUUUUCCUCCGACAACAGUGUUAUGCUAGUCUUGCUGGUUUGCAGGGGAUCGCUAUCUCUGCUUAGCUAGUUGGCUAAAUAGUUUCAUUUUCAUUAAGACAGAAAAGUCUUAGCGUUUGCCUUCGAGCACACAAGUUUUUGCUGUGUAGUGUUGGAAAGGUUUACAGCAGUAAAUCAGCGCCAAGCACUAGCUCUGUUAGCCGCUUCUGUUCAUUAUGCUAAGCUAACUGUCCAUCAUUUCAUUUAAUCUGACUGAAGGAAAGUAGAAAAAUGGUUUUAACUGCCAAAAUGUUGAAUUUUGUUAAGUUGCAGUAUUAUUCAUGGUCAAGUUGUUUCACUUAUUCCAUUUUAUUUUACUUGAACGGUGUGGAAUCUGUAUGAGUCUGUAUUUAUGUACUGAAGAGAAAAAUAGGUUUUAGUCAGUUUUGUCGUUCUUUACUUGUUUUGUACUUCCACUGUUACUUGUCAAUUUUCCCACUGAUUUAUUUGCUCAAAUUAAUCAUCAGUUCAAUGCUGUAUUAUUUCUGGUUUAUAGUCUCAGUUGCUGGACAUUGGCCUCUGUGUCAGGGUCAACAUGUGGUAGCCUGACUGAUUGUAUAGCUGUAUAUUCUUCAAAUGGGUAGAGCUCAGUCUGAUCAAUGAGAUUUAUGAUUUUUGCUAUAUUUUGAGAGUAACUAUUGGAAAAAUUAGGCUGGUAUGUCUCACAUAUUGUCUUAGUUGCUGCCAAAUGUUUAGUAAUAUUUUGAAUCAAAUGUGCUGUACAUUUUGUUCCAAUGGACUCAAUAAAGCAGCUGUCGGCUUUUACAGGUA